AUGGCGUCCUCAUCGUCCUCUCCGCCUCCACCUGGUGCAAAACCGCCUCACCAGAUUGUCACCACCCGUCUGGCCAAGCGCCUCACCAUCACCAUCGACAUUGACGGCACCAGCCACCUCCUCGUGCAGACCACCUCCGCCCUCCUCCUCGCAGAGUCAAACUACCCGGUCCGAUACUACUUCCCAAAGCGCGCCGUACAGCCCCCAUUCCGCCUCGACCUCCAUGACGGCAAGGAGACCUACUGCCCCUUUAAGGGGUUCGCAAGCUACUACCAUGCCCACUUUGUCCCGGAUCAAGGUUCCGCCAGGGCGCAGCGGAUUGACGACCUGUUCUGGACCUACUCAGAGCCCUUUUCGGGAAGCCACGCUGAGGCCAUCGCCGGCUACCUCUGCGUCGACGCCCCCAGCCAACGAUGCCAGCUCAAGGUAGACGGCCGCUCGGUCUCGCUGCAGGUGGCCAAGGAACUCAACGACAAGAUCCUCAAGGCGAGCCCAACCGCCGGCACCCCUUCACCCAGCCAGCCUCGACCCUCGGACGAUCAACGACGCCUGCUCCAGACCCCGCGCAGGGCGCCCAUGCACCGCACCGUCAGCAGCGAGCAGCCAGAGAUCCCCGCCAACACCUACGGCUUCCACUCCGCCAUGGACCUUCAACUGGACUCGGCCGACCCGCUACUUGCCGACCUCGUCUAUCGCCUCGACGACCAGCACAGGUCGGUGGCGGAUGACGUCAACCAGGCAACGCAGCGGGGCGGCAGCGGAGAGCAAUCUGCCGCCGGCGUCGCGGGCGGUGCAGGGGAAGGCAACGAGCCAGGCGACAUCACAAUGGAUCCGCACCUUGCUUGGUUCCGGGAUCGACCUUGGUACAGGCGACCUUCGGACAAGUGGAUGAGGCCACUUGCCUUUCUCCUCGCCCUCGCCGCCGGCAUGUGCAUGGGCCCAAAGCUCGAGCUUCUCAACGCCCUCGUCUGCGAGCAGGUCCUCGGAAAGGCAGCCGUCGGGAACACCAUCAUCGGCGGCGACAUCGACGCCAGGGGCUCAACCUCGGACAGGCACUCUCCCGUACACGCUGCCGUGCGCAUGGCGGCUUACCAGAGCUGGCCGGAGCUCGACUCUCCAUCCGAUGCUUUGUUCGCUGUACCGACACUGUCCAGCCCUGCGGCGUCGCUCAGCGUCAACCACACCACCGUCGACGAGCCGGACCGUCCUACAAAGAGCUGCCUCAGCAAUCCCGAGGUGCAGUCGUCGCUCGCAGCGCUCCAGCUUCGACUCACUCUGUCGAUGGGCAUCCUGGCGGCCCUGACGACCGGCUUCUGGUCGAAUCUGUCAUCGCGCAUUGGCCGCCUGUCCGUGCUGCGUUUCGCCAUCCUCGGCUUCAUCUGCACCGAUCUGGCCACCAUCACAGUCGGCCUCGUGCCGCGCUCCCAGCUGCCCGGCGGCGUCAACUUUCUGCUGAUUGGCACCACCAUCGAGGGCCUCUUUGGCGGCUACGGCACCGCCAUCGCCGUGCACCAAUUGUACAUUUCUGAUGCAACGCCUUCAGGUACUCGCGCCCACAUCUUCGCCCACUUCAUGGGCAUCUUCUCGGCGGGCAUUGCCAUCGGGCCAACGCUCGGCGGUCUGCUGGUCAAGCGGACGGGCAAGAUCCUGUCUCCCUUUUACUUUGCGCUCGGCACCCACCUGCUCUACGCCUUCUGCGCCGUUUUCAUCAUGCCCGAGAGCACUAGCCCGGCGGCGCAGCAAAAAGCCAUCGAGGAGCACAAGGCCAGCCGGCUCGCCAUGAGGCUCAAGGCCGAGGAGCGCAGGGCGGCCAAAGGCGCCGCCCACGCCAGCAAUGGGAACGAGGGCGAGACGCAACCGCUUCUCGGCGGUGAAGAGGGUGCGGCUGCGCAACCCGUCAAGCCGUGGAAGAAGCGCGUGUGGAAGAGGAUCAAGGUUGCGUUUGUCGACAGCGUCCUGCAUGCUCCCCUCGAACCGCUGGCGCUGCUGCUGCCAAAGAAGGUCCGGGUGCCCGCCGAGGAGGAGGAGCAGCAGCGCGCCGGCGUCCCGCUGAGGUCGGCGCUGGCACACCCCGAGGCCUCGGCGUCGCACAUCUCGGUCUCGCACGUGGCGCACAAGAUGCGGUACGACACCAACCUCUUUUUCCUGUCGCUGACCUACUUUGUCGAGUGCUCGAUCAUCGGCAUCAUGUCGUACAAGAUGCAGUACGCGCAGCAGCAGUUCCUCUGGGACUCAUCUCAGCUCGGCCUCUUCCUGUCGUUUGCCGGACUGGCGCGGGUGCUGGCGCUCGGCCUCGUUCUCCCCGUGGUCAUUAAGAUCCUCCACCGACCCGUCAAAGCACUCACGCUGCCUCACGAUGGCGUUGUACCCCACGACGAGCCCGGAGCCGACCCGAGCCUGCGCAGGCGCUCGGUCCUUGAUGCCGACGGUCGCAUCGUGUUGCCCGACUCGAGCUCCGACGACACGUACGGAACGUUUGCCUCGGGCGCACACGCAUCGAAUGACGACGAAGCCGCUGAGCACGGGGAGCGCGGAGGACCGGCCUGGGACGCCACGCAGAAGAGCGUCGAGGAGCUCUGGACGCUGCGAGCCAAGCACCUGCGGCUGAUCCACGACAGCAAGUUUGAUCUCAAGCUGUCCAAGAUCUCGAUCGCCGUCAAUACGCUCGCCUACGCGCUCCUCAUCUUUUCCAAGACGCCCUUCCUGUUUUUCCUCGGCAGCGGCCUCGCCGCGCUCGGAGGAGGUGCCGGCGCGGCCAUGUCGAGCCUGGCCUUGGCGCUGCUCGAGUCGCCCAGCGACGCCGGCAAGCUGUUUGGCGCGUGGAGCAUCAUCAGCGCCAUCGCCUCGACCAUCGUCGGGCCGCUGCUGUUUGCCAAGAUCUACGAGGCCACGACGCGCGUCUUUGUCGGCGCCAUUUUCGUCGUUGCGACGGCCAUGUUUGUCGUCGCCUUGGCGAUCCUCUCGCUCGUCAAGGUGCGCAAGCCCGUCAGCCUCCCCUCUCUGCCCGCCCGGCCCCCUCCUCCGCCGUCAUCAUCGAGGAAGCAGGACGAGUCCAACGCGUCCGCAGCGGCCAGGGGGAGCGGAACGUGGAAGAGCGCGUUUAGCAUGCGCACCAGGAGAAAGGAUGGGGGCGAUGCGGCGCGGCCCUCGGCGGCGGGCCGGGACAAGAGGCCCGAGUUGCCGUUCCGUAGGGACUGA